CCGGAGACCUAGUACGGAUACCCGGAGCAGGUUUACUCCGGAGAAACUAGAACUCUGAACCUGAAUAGAACUCAAACUAAUAAUCACAGAUAAUUCAUCGGCACGUUCGUUACUUAUUUAUUAUUAGUCACUCAGUUAGUUUACACAUUACUAGUGCAUGAUGAGGAGAAAAUAUCCUGUUUCACUCCUAUAAACGUGAACCCUGCAGGAUACAUACUUUACUUCGAUUAACCUGAACCUGUAUGAUAUAUCCUGGUUUACUCCGAUAAACGUGAGCCCUGCUGGAUAUAUGUUUUACUCCGAUUAACCUGAACUUGCAGGAUAUAUCCUGGUUUACUCCGAUUAACUUGAACCUGCAGGAUAUAUCCUGGUUUACUCCGAUAAACGUGAGCCCUGCUGGAUAUAUGUUUUACUCCGAUUAACCAGAACCCUGCAGGAUAUAUCCUGGUUUACUCCGAUUAACUUGAACCUGCAGGAUAUAUCCUGGUUUACUCCGAUAAACCUGAACCCUGCAGGAUGAAAGAGGAAUUGAUCUGCUCAAGUUUAGCUCUAGUAGUGUAUAUUGGCACUAUACAUCAUCAGUUUGUUUACGAUGACAGAAAAGCAGUUCUCUCCAACCCGAGUGUGGUGGGACGAAAUUCCAUCUCCGCAUUCACCUCUGACUACUGGGGCGUACCUCUCUCCCAUCCUGGAUCCCAUAAAUCCUACCGUCCCCUCACCACCCUUAGCUUCAGGUUGGACUGGAUACUAAACCCAGCUCCGACUCAGUUCCAUCUGACCAACCUUCUCCUCCAUGCUGCUGCUACUCUAUUCUACGUGAGGUUCUGUAAGCUCUGGGUGUCCCCUGAGACAGGACUCAUCGCAGGACUGAUAUUCGCAGUUCAUCCGGUUCAUACCGAGGCAGUUGCCGGAGUGGUUGGGAGAGCGGAUGUACUCUCAUGCAUCCUUUUCCUCUCCUGUCUUAUUACUCACACAAAGGACGGGUUCAGUUGGAAAACUUCUCUCCUGGCUCUCCUCUCCAUGCUAGCGAAGGAGCAGGGGGUGACUGUGCUCAUAGUGUGCGCAGUUAUAGAUCUUCUCUCCUCACAAGGAGUUCAUCAAGUGAGAAAAUCUUUAGUGAAACUGUUUCUAACCUUUAUAAGUUUGCUCUGUCUAAGAUCAAUAGCCCUGGACGGAAAUCUUCCUUCCUUCUCUAAAAGUGAUAACCCUGCCUCCCACUGUGAAUUCAUUCAGACCAGAACUCUUACAUUCCUCCUUCUUCCAGCACUUAACUUUCAGCUCCUGUUUUUACCCAGUACCCUGAGCUACGACUGGUCCAUGGAAUCUAUCCCUUUGGUUUCUUCUAUCCUAGAUAUCAGAAAUAUCAUAUCAACAGUGUUUUACUCUCUUCUAUUUUGUUUCAUAUCUAGAGUGGUUUUCAAUUUUUAUCCCAGAAUUGUUGGGAUCUUGAAGAAGACUGGUUCUAAUACCGGAGAGAGCUCUUGUUUAUCAAAACCAGGAGAAGAAAGUAGAAGAAAGAUUGACACUAUUCAAGUAAUGGCGUUGUCCUUAUCCUUGCUAAUCCUACCGUUUCUACCAGCAACAAAUCUUUUCUUUUAUGUGGGGUUCGUCCUAGCGGAGAGAGUUCUAUAUAUACCUUCACUAGGAUACUGUCUACUACUGGCAAUCUCCCUGGAGAACCUUUCCAGGUUCAACCGAAGAUGCGUGAGAUUUGGCACCCUAAUUAUGCUCGGAUUUUUUACCCUAAAAACUUUGUCUCGGAACCAAGACUGGAGAAAUGAAGAAAGUUUGUUCUCCUCCGGGAUAUCGAUAAACCCUGCUAAAUCCUGGAGCAACUACGGGAAUAUCCUGGACGGAGCAGGAAACCAGGCCGGAGCAGAGCUAGCUUUUAAACAAGCUCUGAUACACCGGAACAACAUGGCGGAUACACAUUACAACCUGGGAACCCUGCUACAGAACCAGGGACGGAUACAGGAAUCUAUUCCCUGCUACAAGGCCGCGAUCAGGUUCCGACCUAAGCUCGGAGUAGCGUAUUUAAAUCUAGGUGUAGCCUUGUCCGACCUGGGUCGGAAAUCUGAAGCAAUGAAUAUUCUGGAAAAGUGUUCUAAAGUUGACGAUAAUGGGUUGAAAGAUCCCAAGGAGAAUGUAAAUGCUCGGAUAUCCUCUAUGUUUCAUCUGGGGAAACUAUUACUAGAAUCUAAAGAUAUUAAGGGAGCAAUAUCCGUCCUGGAGAGAGCGGUAAACCAGAGCCGGGGGGAGACAGGGAACCCGAACCUAGAGAAGAUCUUCAACCUGCUAGGGGAGUGCUACCAGGAGUCAGGAAACCCGCUGGAAGCAGAGCACUGGUAUUCACAAUCCUUGAUCACGAAUCCGAAACAUAUCCCAGCACAUCUAACCCUUGCUAAGAUGUUGGCCAAGAAUGUUUCUCGGGAGCAGGACGCAGAGAGCUGGUUUCUCCGAGCCAGAGAUAUAUCUCCAUCCAACCCUGCUGUAUAUGCUCACUAUGGACUCUUCCUGCUGGAUAAACAGAGGUUUACAGAGGCAGUUUCUAACUUUGUCCUCGCUACUCAAUAUCAACCUGGAGUUUACGAUUAUACUUUCAACCUUGCUGUAGCAGCUAGGCUGGCUGGUCAGCUUGACCUCUCUGAGGCUAGUUACAGAGCAGCUGUUCAGCUCAAACCUGGAGAUGCUGAACCUCAUCUAAACCUGGGAGCCCUUUUGCAUCUCCGAGGACGACUGGAGGCUGCUGAGGAUGAGUAUAUCACUGCCUGGAGGAUUAAACCUGGAGAUGAAACUACUAAAAUAAACCUCCAAAGGUUGCAUAGUAUCAUGAGAAAAAAGAACAUAAGGGUAAAUGAUUUCGGAGUCUGAACAUAUCUAGUCAUAUGUACAGUGUACAUGUUACGCAGUACCCACACUGUACGCAGUGAGCUAUUAUUGCACACUAAUUACAAAGGGACCGAAAAUUUGAUUAAUCUGUUUAUCCGAACCACACCUUUAUUGUGUUAUUUAUCAGGUCUAUUUAAUGCUUAAUCAAUAGUACAAUAUUAAUUGUGAGCCAACCUGACCUGAAAUAAUAAUUCAAACUUUUAGGGGGUGUGUACAAAGUAUUUAAAAGGACUAUAGCUAAAUUAAGUAUCAAGUGGUGUUAAUAUCAUAUUUUUGAGAAGAAUAUUGCAUAAAAACCGUCAUUCGCAGAUUAAAAAAGAAUAAUUUAAAAUUCAGUUUUUAUUUUUCAAAACUGGCUUCUACUUUGCUACUUUGCUGCACUUUAAAGGCAUGGAAUAUUUGGGUUCUGUUGAGGACGUUAAUUUUUUCAAAUUCGUUCAUUUUUUGGUGAGCACUCCCUUUAAAUCGGAGGUUUCGUGAUAUCAUAUAUUUUCUA